AUGACACGCUCAGCUCCACACGGCCCACUGCCUCAGCCAACGCUCGAACCGCCCGUCCGGCGCGGGAUGAGCGAGCUGGACCGCGCCGCGUUCGACGCCAGACUCACGCUGCUUGCUGCGAGAUUGCCCGCCGCCAAAGCCAACAAGUUCAUGAAGGAGGAUGCGAAGGACUUCAUCGUUCGCUUGCGGGGUAUCGGCGCCGUCAACCCAGACACCUCGAACGAGUACCGCCGGGUGCUCUUGCGGACAGGAGAUCGGUCCUCCCUUCCGACUGAACUGCUCGAGGUUGUCAAGCGCAACGACGGCGAGCUCGUCGAGCACGAUCUCAAGGUCGGUUACGACUACUGGACUGCAGACCAGAUCCUCCAGGCUGUCCUUCCCGAAGACUUGCUUGACGAGUCGCCUACCGCCUUUACGCAGGUCGGGCACAUCGCCCAUGUCAACCUUCGCGAACAGUACCUUCCUCACCGACACCUAAUCGGCCAGGUCAUCCUCGAUAAAAACAAGGGCCUCCGAACAGUCGUCAACAAGCUCGACUCGAUCGACAAUGUCUACCGAAACUUCCAGAUGGAAGUGCUGGCGGGAGACCCUGACUUCCAGGUCGAGCUGUCCGAACACGACUGCCGCUUCCGCUUCGACUUCUCUAAAGUCUACUGGAACUCCCGCUUGCAGACGGAGCACGCACGACUCGUCGAGUCGUUCAAGCCUACGGAUGUGAUUGUCGAUGGCUUUGCGGGCGUGGGACCGUUUGCGAUCCCUGCCGGGAAGAAGGGGUGUGGGGUGUUGGCGAGCGAUUUGAACCCGGCGAGUGCGGAGGCGUUGGGCGAGAAUGUCAAGCUCAACAAGGUGGAGAAGAACGUCCGCGCGUUCGAGGACGACGGCCGGCACUUCAUCCAGACCUCCAUCCUGAAGAUCUGGAACGAUCCCUUCCCGCCUUACGUACCCGCCCUCACUUCGCGCGAGGCGAAGCGGAAAGCUCGAGCAGAGCGGGAAGCACGAGCAGCCGCUGCCGCCUCGCCCGAAACGCCAGCUUCGUCCUCCGCAUCUCCGCCCUUCAACUCGCUCGCUUCCCUCUCCCUCUCUCCCUCUGCCACGCCUUCCGAGCCCGCACCCCGCCCGCGCCGCCUACCCAAUCACUACAUCAUGAACCUCCCCGCCUCCGCCUUGACCUUCCUCGACGCCUUCAACGGUCUCUUCCGGCCCUUGUACAAGCUAGUGGGCGAAGAAGAGGUCAAGCGCGCGGUGGAGGAGGCGGGCGGACUGCCGGUUGUGCAUUGUUAUUGCUUCACGAAGGAGGUCGAGGAGGCGGAGAAGGACAUCUGUGCGCGUGCCACCGAAGCACUCGGCCACCAAGUCCACCCCGCCCUGCCCGACUUUGCGCUCCGAUACGUCCGCGACGUCGCGCCGAAGAAGGCGAUGUACUGCCUCGAGUUCAGGUUGACGGAGGAGAUGGUGCGGUAG